GCUCAGGUGAUAGAGAUCACCAGGUUUACGCCCGUCAGUGAAUGAUUUUGAGCUCCCCUAGAUUCGUAGACACAAAUACACAGAACAUGCUACAGAUCUUCCACACGGGGUGCGAUGUCGAUACAGGGGUCUGCACUUGUGUAAACCUUUGAGCUGUUGUAGGAAUCUGAUUUGCUGGAGAGAGGGCAAGACUGCUGUGCAAUGGGAGUCUGAUUAAUGCCACAGGCAAACCUGGACUGGAUCAGGCUGCUAUGCAACAGGGAUCUACACUAAACGACAAGACUGUAAAAGCCUGGAGCUGCUCAGACUGCCUGCUGCGGGGCUCAUAUGUGAACUCAAGGGGAAACGAGCAGCUACAUUCUUCAGAAGACCCGAGAACAACAGGAAGGAUGGGGAAGCCGUCUCUCUCAACGCCCUGGCUGGUGCUGGUGCUGCUGGGAGGUCACAUGAUCGCGGCAUCGCCAACGAAAGGGACUGAUGCAGAUGGAUGUGCUCUGUGUUCAUCUGGUUUCCAUCGAUCCGGCUGCAGUGAGUGCCACGCCUGUAAAGAAGGCUCCUUCACUCCGAGCUGGAACACCGAAGAGACCUGUUUCUCGUGUUCCCGGGACUGUAGACCCGAGUUCAACCUGGAGAUCGUGAAGCCCUGCACCAAAGUCUCAGACCUGGUAUGUCGGUGUCGGGCAGGUUAUCGCUGUGUAGAAGACAUUGUCCUUACAGGUCACUGCACGAACUGCAUCAGGAUCGCCACUCCGCCUCAGCACAUCACAGAGGCCCGACCGCCCACUUCCUGUCCCGCUGGUACGUUCCUGAACUCGUCCUCCAGGAACUGUGACCCCCACACAAACUGCGCAGCUCUGGGGAAGCAGGUGGAGGUCAUGGGCAACUCCACAGCAGACACCGUGUGUGGCACCAGUGCCAGUCCCAUCAAGAGCCCAGACGUCAAUGUGUUUGUCCUGGUUGGUGUGCUGGGCGCUCUGGGGUUUGUGGCUGGCCUGUUGCUGAAGAAAACCAGGGAGGCGUUGUCUAUAAAACAAGCCUUCAAACUCUGCUCUCCAGGUGUGGAAAAGGCAGACUGCAGUACUGCGAAGCACAAAGAGAGCCGGAAAGCUGGCCAGCUCCUCUCCAACGGGGUAGAUCUGCUGACCAACAACGUGCCUGAGAGACGGCAAGAGACGGCCCCGCCCACGACCCGAACCCAGGACACGGAUUGGAUGGGAGGAGCCACUCACGGCGGAGAGAAGGUCAACCCACCAAUCACCAUGACUCCUGUAGAACCACACGCUACUGGGAACUUAGGACCCUUCCACAUCUACAGCCCUGGCACGGUGUUUGUGGGCCUGCUCAACCAGAUGUCCGCCCCUCCUCCUCCUCCUCCUCCUCCGGCGGCUCCGAGCUCUCCAGAGCCCCGGGAGACGGGGUCGGGGGCACCCGCCCGUCCCCCCUCGGGGGCGGCGCCCGUGCCCCUGUCCCAGGAGGAGUGGGGCGGGCACCCGCCUCGCCAGGAGCAGGGGAAAGACAGCCACCUGUCGCACGAGGAAAAGGACGACGCUCAGUAGCCCGGCAGGCGGCGACUGCAGAGGCAGGGCAGGGUCGUGUGGCACUGCAGAACACUUGGGCAGGAACGAUACAGUCACCCAGCAGGACAAGAACCCUCCAGUGCGGUGCGACACUCUUCUGCUGUGUGUACUGUGUACAGUGUGAUAUACAGCAGCAGUAAGGUUUGACACAGCAUAGCACAGCCCAGGAGUGCUGGAGCAGGACAAUGCCACAGAGGCUGCAGUGCAGUGCAUUGUGCUACAAUAGUAUCAUACAGUGCCGUGUAACACAGUAUAAUAGUGUAAAGUGGUGCUGCAGAAUUCUGUACAGUAUAAUACUGGGAUUAUCUGAAUACUCUGGUGGGCUAUGGAGAGGUAGGUGGUGCUCUCUGCAGAGGCGAGAGUCCAGGACUGAGGAAUUGAAGGCUGGUGGUGUAGUAUGAGAGCUGUCCUCCAGCUGCUCGUGAGACACCCUACUAUCAGCUAGACUCACACUGCUGCCCUGCCCGAAGUGAGACACUCUUACCAGCCCCUAGACUCUCACUGAGGCCUGCCCGGAGUCAGACCUGUCCUCUCUCACACUGCGGACUGUCCUCUCUCACACUGCGGCCUGUCCUCUCUCACUCCGGCCUGUCCUCUCUCACACUGCGGCCUGUCCUCUCUCUCACUCCGGCCUGUCCUC